GGGAAAAGAGAGAGAGGAAGAGGAGAAAAGAAAAGGAGGAGAGCGUGUCUGAUAGACAGUCUGUUGAGCUUGUCUGGAUGCUUCUCUUCACUCUGCUCUGUUGUGCCUUUUGCACCUGCAGACUGGGAGCCAGACAGGUGUGUUUGUGUGUGUGUGUGGAGUGUCUGUGAACAUGAAGGGACAUGCUGUGUGAAGAUGGAUUCACAGGGAAACAGAUGGAUGGACGGAUGGAGAAACAUAUUGUGAUGACCCUUGACCCGGCCGCCUCUGUCUCUGUCUGUGGCACUUGAGUUAAAGAACUCCUCAUGCAGUGCAAUUGUGAGUGACAUGCCGCGUGAGCCAAUGAGCUUCACACCGAACCAAGCUCUAGUCCCAGACAGGGACAGCCUCCCGCUUAAGAAGAGGGACCAAAGACCAAGCCCACCGACACCUCCACCACCACAGCAGCAGCAUCAACAAGAGUGUGAUGCCACAACAUUCAAAGCCCCCUUCCCUUACCGGAGCCAAAGUGAGUUUAAGACUAAGCACACCAGCCCUUUCCAGCCUGUACCGAGGAGGGUCCCUGCUCUGUAUCAGCCCUGGAUGCAGACUCUCACAUCACCCAGGUCCAAACCCCACGUAUCUGCGUUCAGGGAGCAUCAUGGCUGGGCAGAGUGGAGAGACUUUAACUCCCUGCAGCCUCGAUGGGACUUUUCUCAUCACUAUCAGCACCCUAGCCACCUCUCUCCUGCACCUGUUCUCCACCCUGGCUAUCAACACCACAUCUCCAGGUUCAGCCUUCCCCCUGAGGGUUUUCAGAGAGCAGGUGGGGCGCACAGCUGGGAGCAACUCAAGACACUCAGGGAAAAGAGUUUAAGCACAGACAGGCAGAGCAAUGGGAGAAAUAAAGGACCAUAUCUGAGGAGAAAAGAAAGAAAAGCUGCAUAUUUUCCCAGGAUUGAAAAAGUAAAUUCUCCUUUGUUAAGCACACUUAUACCUCAGUCUGCACCUGAGGACUUCACCCUGCAACAUGACCUCUUACUCAAGUCAGCAAAGGUUGCCAAACAUCCUGGACAUUCCCUCAUAGGAGUUUCCCCGGACCAUAAUUCAAGGAACACAUACAUGUCCAUGAAGGAGGAUUCAUCAAGAUCCUCUGGUCAGGCCUCCCCUUCCCCCUCCUUCUCCUCCUCUACCUCUCCUAACCAGUUUCCCUGGCUGCUGCCUCACUUUGUGGCAGGCUCUCUGAUUGAACUCAGAGACGGGCGGCUGAGGCGGGUGGAGCACCUGCAGACAGAGGACUUCCUGUUGGGAUCACUGGCCUGUCCGGACCUGUGUUUGAGCUCCUGCACGGUGCAGAGCAUCUCCCCUUCAUCCUCCUCCUCCAUCUCCCGUCUGCUCAUUCUGCUUCAUAACCAGCAGUCACAGGAGUUGGUGGAUGUCUAUGUGGAGUACCCUUUCUUUGUACGUGGGCGGGGCUGGUCCUCCUGCAGCCCUCAGAAGACAGCCCGUCUCUGUGGCCUGCAGUGCCGCCAGCUCAGUGUGGGGGAUGUCUGCCUCGCCCUCACCCCUAUCUCAGCCCACAGGCCUCUACCAUCAGCCAACCUGGAGCCAAAAACCUCCCCCAGGAUUUUGGAAGGAAGGUGUGAGUCCCUAAAGGCACAACAUGCGCAGGUUUCCUCAGAGGCAGGGGGUAAAAGGAAGGAAGCAGAGGCUGUCAGGAGGAGACACUAUUCAGCCCCUGAGCUGAAAGGUUCAAGGACUAACAGUCUGUAGUGAGAAGAGUCUGUAUUACAGACAAGAAAGAAGUCUAUCUCUCUAAGCUCUGCUUUAUCCAGCCCACAAUGCUCUCUUUCUACCUCCUGAAUACUUUUCUUUUAUGAGCUUGGCUGUCAUUUUAAUCCAGGAGUCAAAUCUGAGGAGGUGUGAUAAGAUUAAAUCUCAGGAACCCUCAGAGUAUAUUUGUUGCAUUGAGUUAGAAUAUUGCUUUACUUUUGAGCUCAUCAAAGUCUAUUCAGACUUUUAUAAUGCACGAUAUUUCACUACAUCUCAUGCAUUUUCAAAGUGGAAGACCGAAGUCUACAUAUUUACUGCCAGGUGGAGAUGCUUCAGUAAGAGUAAAUUGUAAAAAGAUCCUGUAAAUUCAGAGAAUAAUGUUUGGAGGUCUAAAUAGAGCUUUUGAAUCAUUUCAAGCAGUGCUGAAAAAAUCAGCCCACGUUCCUAUAAAGGCAGUGAAACUCCCUCAGGUCCUUAACUGCUGAUCAAAGUUUAUCUAUCUUCCUCCUUAUAUUAUGUAAGACUCCUUUGUGAUCUUAAAUUAUGAAUAUAAUUUCGAUGGUUGCAUUUACUUGAUGCCAAAAGCUUCUGAUGACCUAGACCUCAUUUUGAUAAUGAAGUUUCCUGAUGAGAUUUAUCACCACUUUUAAUUGACUCGGUAAUAUUAGAUUACACGUCUACCUCUAUUUUCUAUUUAUGGUGAAGGAAAGACAUAAUCUUUGUAUAAACAGUGUGGGCUGUGCUGUAAUAUUGAAGCUCUGUGAGUGUCACAUCAAUGCCUUUAUUUGCCUGGUUGUAUACAGUUGCUUUACUUAUGUACUGGUGCUUUAUUUUAAAUGCCUGUUCCAUUUUUCACAGUGGAUGUUUGUUCCAUUCAGAGUACUUUAAAAGCACAAUCUGUUAUCUGUAUGUCAGCACAGCAAAGAACUGUCCUCAAGGGCAUGCUGGCGCACAUCUGAAAGAAACAAUUAAAAUGCAGACCAUAAAACUCAAACAUGAUGCCACAGUGAGGGCAGACAUGGUGCUGUAUGUGCAGAUACACUCUACAUUUUGUAAAAUAGGUUUCUCAGUUGAAUAAAUAUGGCUUGUGUAAAGUUUUCUUCAAAUUUUUCACAUAAAAUGCUCAAGUAACAUCAGUUAAGUAGCCCCUGUGAAUCUCAUUGUAAGGACCAUUACUGCAUCUAAAUCAUGCAAAAACACACGCCAGCUUCUUGUUCGACAGCUUCCAUUUAUUCGACUCCUAUAAUCUGACACAAUAAAAGAUGCAGUUUCUUUUUGCCCACCUGCAGCUCUGCUCUGACACCUCGCGCAGCUGCAGUCUAGGGUGAUGGUGAACACCCUGCUGUUUGCCUCAUAGGAUGAAUCACUGAGAUCUUGCAGACUAUAUUACUUUCACAGCCCCGGUGAUGUAUGUCUCUAUCGGGGAAACCAGGUCCAACAGGCGGCUCUCCAGACCCACACACUGUUAUUAACAGUCUCUGCUGUCAAUCAUCACUGAGCUCCUGUACAUCAGCAGCACAGCCAUGAGCUGCCAGAUGUCUUACACCUGCUGAAAAAACAGCUCAACAACGGUAAAGUUUGGUCGAGAAUGUGUUUUCUGUCCUCUUUAGGAGAAAAGUUCAUCCAGCUGUUCCAAAAGACAAGGCGCAGUGGUUCAACAGGCAGAUGGUGCUUUCAAGUUUUAUGAGCUGUGAAAUGAGUUUCCCAAUGCACAUUUCCAUGCAGGUGUUACCUGAUGGUCUGAAAAGAAUUGAAAUACAGGUAGAUCUGUGUCCCUCAUUAGACAACAUGUUUUUGCUUUCUGUUUCUAGAAUUAAAUUACACAUAAUUCAAAGUCUCCACAAUGCUCAGAGUCCUUGCAGCACACUUCUGCAAGUCACAGUUGAAGGAAAACAAAGAAACCCUUUGUCCAACCUCUCUCUGUGACAAAUAGCUCCAAUUGGUUCAUGGUAGUAGUUAAUGCUGCGUGGGAAGCUGAAUAGUACACCAGAUUAAAGCUUGGUGCUCCCUGAGGACCAGCCAGUCAAUCAUCUCUUGUCUCCUGUUCCUUCACUUCGUCUUUCAUUACGGAUCCAUCCAGAUUUAAAGAGCUCACAGGAGGGAGUAUGAAUUAUCAAUGACAUCCGCAGGAUCUGACCACCAUGUUACGGUACUUCUUGAGGAUGACGUUGGAGCUGUCGUCAAAGUAGAGCACUGAGAUGCCAUGGAGCUGGGUGGGGGCACAGCAGGGCUUUGGUACUGUCUCUGGGUUGAUGAAGUGCACCUGGAGACAAAAGAAGCACAGAUCAGUACCAUACAAUGUAGAAAUCAGUUGUAGUGAGAGGGUCUGUCAUCUGUUUAGGAUUUUACCAAAGUUUGCACAAUAGCAUGAUUUGUGGCAUUCAUGUAGGAGUUGAGAGGGAAGGCACAUUCUCCCUCGCAGUAGUAUGCUGCAUAACCUUCUGGCGCAAUGAUCCAAUCCUGAUCAGAGAAGACAACAGGAGAGUGUCAGUGAAAUACCACUUUCUGAAGAAUUACAUUAUAUUACAAUGAGGUCAAAUUAAAUUUAUGAAGCAUACCUGCCAUCCUAAAUCUCUGAAGCUGACAUACAGCUCAUGCUUUUUACAUCCCUCUUUAGAGAUGCCAAGGCUAUCUGAAACUGAAAACAUGCAAACAUGAGUACAUACAAGUACCAGUGUGAUCAUAUUAUUACAGGCUUUAAAGAGCUCACGUACCUGUUGCAGCCUCCACUGCCUUUAGUGCAUCUUGUACAGUCCUCUGGGGUUUGGAGCGGUUGGAGUGGCGUCCUUUGUGGCCAUAGGCGGAGCGGAUGCUUCGUAGACGCACCUCAUCUGCUCUGAGGAAAGCAACCAUAAAGGGCUGCCUCUCAUGAGGCCCACUGCUUGUCACCAGACCUGCCAGCCGAGGAAUCCUCCUCUGGCCUACAGAGGGAGGCAAAGAGCAGAAGUAUAAGAGUCUCAGUCAAAAGCACAUCUAAGCCACUGCUUAACGAUUAAUUUCUACGAUAUAAUGAUAUACAUCUACAACAACCACAAUAAAGGGUCAAAUCUCUGAG